AUGUUCAAGAUUGCAUGCAUAAUCAAGAACCAAAAAUCAACAAGCAAGAAGAAUGCUAGUGGCAGGAGGCUACUGGUGAAAUGUAUGGCUUCAUCAUCUGUUCUUCCAAAUGCCCUUUUGUGUGAUUGUGAUGGUGUGGUUGUUGAGACUGAGAAAGACGGACAUUGCAUUUCUUUUAAUGACACCUUUGCUGAAGCACAAGUUAGAAAUGGCUUAGGCCUUCUGGUAGUAGUAGGUGAUGGGGACGGAGAAAGAGGAGGGACAACGGUUGUGUCCGCAGCGUGGAGAAGCGACGAUGACGAGAUUUGGGGGGAUGACGAUGAAGGAGAUGAGGAUCGUUAA